AUGAGCUUAUAUAGUCCCCGACUUUAUCGAGGGGAAAUAAUCAAACUUGCUCGUCGGGCCAGUAAGGCCCCAUUCCCGAGCAUUGACGAAGAUCAUGAUCGAGGCUGGUUAGGUCGCUUUGUUCAAGUAAAGACCUCGGAUUUGAUCCCAACCGAGCAUAUGCCAUUUCCUGAGAAGUGGAACAUUACACUGGUGCAGCUGUUGCUCGGUUGCCAGAUGCAGUUCCUCAACUCAAGGAGUGGGUCGAGGGCAUUGUGUCGUAGAAACCGUAUUUUAAAAGCGCAUGGCACGAGAUUUCGAAGGGCCGGUCUUUCCAAGGAUGUCGCAAUGAGGCCUCCAUCCGGUGAUGAUGAUAUCCUCACCAAACCAUCUUCUCCGAGGCAGGAUAAAGAGAAGAAAAGAAAAAGGGCUCCGAGUUCUCCUAGCUCCGAGAAAAAGAAGCCAAGGAAAAGAUUGGCGCGUAAACCAAAGAAAAGCACCAGUGCUCGAGGGUCCUCCGAACCAGAGGGAGGCGGGGCCGAACUUCAUCUAGUUAGGGAGGCCGGGGAGGAGGCAGGAAUUGAAGCUUCCGGGGAUACGGGAAAAGCCCUGCAGGAAGCACUUGGCCCGAUAGAUAUUGCUGAGUCACCCUCAUUCACAGAGUUGAUGUUCAACGAGGCCCAAGGUGCACAAGAACGCCCCAUCGAGGGGGCCCAUAGAUCGAACGACCCCUUCCGCAUUUUUUUCGAUGGCAUGGAUUCGGCGGCCACAGAGGACACCAUCGGAUUUGGCAAUUUAGAGAUACCGAGGAAGAGCUUACCCUCUGAAGCAAGCGGGCCUUCCUCGAGCCCGAAAUUGGUCGAUCAAUUCCCUGCCCUAAGUGCUAAUCCCGAUCGGAAGAAAUCCAUUGUUAUCUCUUUUCCAGAGGAUGCCCGAGUCCUCUCCGCCCCCGUAGGGGUAACCAGUUAUCUUUGGCAUUUGGUGACCGAGGAUGAUCAAGCCAAGAUGAACAAGGCCUCGGUGCUUCAUCAUGAGACCUUUUUAAGGUACCGGGAUGAGCUGAAGCAACUCAAAGCUAAAGUUCGUGAGCUCACUGAGAAGAGAGACGCCUUUAAACUUCUUAGCGAGGAGAUCGAAUGGGAGGUUAAGAAUCUCCGUGCCAAGCUGGAAGUCCAGCAAAAACCCGAUCGGAUUGACAAGCUUCGAGCUGAAAUGGAUAUAGUCAAAGCUGAGACUGAUGAAUGGAGAGGCCGAAUGGAUCGUCUGGCCUCGGAAAAAGAGGUUGUUCAGGCACAACUAACUUCGAUUGAAAGCCAGCUUAGAGCAGCAAAGGAGAGGGCUGAGGUUCAGAUAAAAAAGGUUGAGGAGCUCCAAUCCCGGUUAGGUUCAGCUGUCUCAGAUCGAGAAAGUCUGGCCAAGGAGCUUAGAACGGCCAAGUCAGAGGUCAUCGUGGUCAAAGCCGAAGCUGAUGAAAUGGUGGCCCAGUACAAGGCCCAUGCCGAGGCGGCUCAAGACCUUGUAAAAACUAUAGUUGAGCAUAUGAAGUGGCAAUCCCGAAGGGAGGCCCUCGAGGAAGUUCACUCUCGGGGUUUUGAUUUAUCGGCUGAGAUUAAGAAUGCGAAGGUGCUCGAAGCCGAGGCCAGGAAGCUGGCCUAUGCUGAGGAGGAAGAUUCCGAGGAGUCUGAAGAUUUGGGUAAAUCCGAGGGUGGCGGAGGACCCGAAGGUGAUGAUGCGGCCCCUGACGAAGACUAG